AUGACAACGGCGGCACCCAACCAGCUCCAAUUUGGGGAAAGCCCCCAGUAUCCCGCUUACCUGCCCAGCUACCCUGGGAGUGCUUACCUCCCUCCCUCAAGUCCUGGGAGCGGCCCCUGCCCGCCGCCCUCCGCGGGCUCCGGCCCCGACCUGCGACCCUCGGCGGCGGCAGCGGCCUACGAGGGGUACCCCGGGAAUGGGUCCGGGCCGGCGUCCCUUCUUCCCGUCAGCCUGGCGCCUCCAGCGCAGCAGCUCAAAGGGCAGCCAGCCCCGUCGGGGUCGGGGUCGGGGUCGCAGCGCAGGAAAAGAACGUCCUUCAGUCCCGAACAGCUGCAGCUCCUCGAACUGGUGUUUCGGCGGACCAUGUACCCGGACAUCACCUUGCGGGAACGCCUGGCUACCCUCACUAGGCUUCCUGAGUCCCGGAUCCAGGUCUGGUUCCAGAACAGACGUGCUAAAUCUCGUCGACAGAGAGGAAAGCCCUAUAAUCCCUCAGCAGCACCAGAGCUUUUCCUCAGCCACCCUCCUCUUGGAACUGAAGGGGAGCAUUUGGUUCCUCUGCUGCCUCUUGAGGUAGACGUGAACUGCCUGCCUGAUCCAAGCAGGGGUGGAGUUGGGCUCUCUGGUUCCAACAGCCAAGGACAGAAUUUUGGAACCUUUUCUCCUAUAUCUGAAAACACUGGUUCAAAGCUGGACUUAUGGGAAGAGCGUAUUUUAUCUACCUUCAGCAACUCUUGACCAACAUUACAGCAAAAUCUUGGCCUAUGACCUUGGACAGUACAAGGGGCUAACACGGUUCAAGAGACCUAUCGAAAGUUUCUCCUAUUCUCUCUAGCCUACAUAUUAAGGCCACUGGGUUCAUCUUUCUUAAUGUGAACUAAUGCUCUAAGUUCUCAGUCUCAUUUGUCUUCUGAGCUGGACUCUCUUCUCAAAUAUUAACUCUUAGUCAUGUCUUUAUGUUUUUUGGCACUCUAGGACUUCAUUUUCUCCUCUUUACAAAUCAACUUUCAUGUCCCAGUCACACAUUUUCUUCUCCUUGCCAAAUCUCAGGGAAGUCUGUUUCAAAUCUCCCCUUUGAUAAAAUAUAUAUAUAGCACAUGGCUAUAAUGGGCAAAUAAGGGUCACAAUGAGGGUGAUAAUACCGAGGGUACCUACCUCACAGGGAUGUUGUGAGGGUCAAAUUAGAUUAUAUAUAUAAAGUAUAUCUAAACUUAAUAUAGUAUUAUAAGAAUCAGCUAUUAUAAUGAUUUUAACUUCCUCAUUGCCAUCACUAGCAUUCAAUCUUACCAUCCCCUCAAGGUCUUGGUAUCUGUCCUUUUUGUACAUCAUUCCUCCUGGACUAACUGCAAAUCUUGCUGUUUUCUGGAUUUAGUCCCUCCUCUCUCUAUUCACAAUCACAGCCCUAGUCCAGGCUGUAAACCCUUGGUGCCCUGACCACUUCUUUGCCUCUGGUUUUUCCACUGUUAUUUUAAUUUGAGUCACUCCGAGCUGCUGGGUCUAGAAAAAAGACAAAGUAGUGGCCGCCUUGGGUAUAACAUGUAGAACCAUCUCAAUAAGGGACACCUGUUAAUUUUUUUAAAUUAUGCACAUAUUUUAAAUGUUAGAAAAUUCCAUUUGAUAGCACAGGUAAAAGCCUUGAAAACAUCUGAAGGACAAUACACAGGAAACCCAAUUUUCAAAUCUUGCCUAGAAUCCACAGUAAAGCAUUCCUUACCCCAGCUAUGACAUUACUUUUUUAGAGAUAUAUGGUUGUUCCUAAUAACCUUUUACACAUUAUAACUUUAAGUGGGUUCUGAGGUCCCUUAACUGAACUCCUUUAGCCUAUAGGUCACAAACAAGUAUGCUUCUUGACACUUACCCAAAAUCGAGCCCUUUAAACUACAGCUAUUUUUCUUAAGAGAAACAAAACUACUUUCUCAAAAUAUGGGUCAAGAAUUACCUUAAAUUAAGGCUUUGUCUGACAUCCUAUUUUGCUUCAGUUUCCCACCCCCAACUAUCCUUAGCACUUGUGAAUAUGGAUUGUACUUUUGCAGAACUUUAGUUAGGUUACAUAAUUUUAAAAUCGAUGUUUUCUAUGCCAUAGCACUUAAUAUUAGUGCUUUGCACACAAUGGGUGCUCAAUAAAUGCAGAUUAUGAUAAUAUAAGAAGUGGCCAUGGAAAAAAAUUUUAAAGGGUAAAGUGAGUUUCUGCCAAAGAAUCUUUAAUAUGUACAGCUGUCAGCAUUGGAGACGGGGGACAUUGUUAACAAUAACACAAAGUAAUGUUAACAUAAAACAGAUUGGUAAUUUGGGGAAUAGAUUUUAUUUAAAAAAAAAAAGCAUUUCAUCUUUCAAGAAAGCCCUCAUAAAGAUAUUUUUGUCCUCCCAAAUUAAUAAUUAUUGAUAUAAGUAUAGUGCUGUUUAUAAACUAGAAACCUGUGUUUAUGUUUGAGUUUCUGAAAUACAAAGAAUUUAACAAAGUAAAAUGUUAAAAUCUAACUGUAUAUCAAAGUUCGCCUUUAACACACAUAUUAAAUUAUAAGCAUAAGAAGCUAUAGGAGGGAACCAGACACAUGUCAUAUUGCUACUGGGAAAGUGUGAUAAGACUCUGAAAUCAGUUAGUGUUCAGGUAGAAAAGUCCUUAUACAAUAUAUCUGACAAAUUAUUUAUUAUUCUAUCUCUGCUAUUAGACCUCUACGAUCUUAUAAAGCAGAUUAUUGCAUUUUUGAACAGUACUAACAGGAAUCUUUCCCCUAAACACUGAAAUAAAUUCACAUCCUUGUAAACUCUUUCCAUUGGUUCUAGUAUUAUUGAUAUCUGGUCCAAACAAAACGACUAACUUUAGUCUUCUAAGUGACUCUCACUGGAAGACAGCUAUCAUAUUCACUCCUCACCCUGCCCCCUAAAAUUCAUUUUAGGAAUUUGCAUUUCACUCAAAUUGAAGUCCAAAUCCUCCCUAAAGCACUCAAGUAACAUAUCCCAACAUUUCAGUUUAUCAAUGUCUUUCCUCAAAAGUGGGUACAGGACUAGACAGACUGGUCUAGAUGUGGUCUGAUCAAAGUAGAUCACAUUUGGUUAUCAUCUCCCUCAUUCUGCACAUUAAGCUUGGGUUAACAUUUGUUCAUAUUAAAAAGUUCACCAGAAUCUUUUGAUCUUUAUCAUAUCAAUUGCUGUCUAGUGAUGUCUCGGCAGUUUAUGUUUUGAAUCCCAGUGCAAGAUUUUACAUUCAUUUCUGUCAUGUUUUAUCUUGUAUAUAUACAAUCAAGGGUAUCUGAUUCUUAUGCAAAUUUAACUGUUGAAAUUCAAUAAUCCAAUGCAAUUUUAAAAAAUGGAUAUCACUCUAGGACAGUUCAAACAUGACAACAAUGCUUUGAAUUUAGCAGCAAAUUCAGAGUUCUGAAACAUAAUCAAAAUUGACCUCAAAUCAUAUUAAAUAUGAAAUGACAUUUUUCUGCAAUUCCAACUUAAUUGGCCAGUACUGGGUGUGACUAUAAAAUUAACAUGAUGACAAAACAAAAACAAUACAAGAUAUAUGUACCUGAAAGGAGUGAUCUUUGACUUAGUAAGGUUUGUUUGGGUAUUUUGAAGGACUAAGUACCUAUUGAAUUAUCAAUAAAUUUGUCAUUGUUUUUGUUAAUG